AGACAGGCGAGUUUGCAGACGUGAAUACAUUUCUCACUGCAAACCAACGGCGAUGCGGUUUGCUGAAGUGCCGUCCGAAAUCUCUUUAUAGAGUGCCGUUUUGACAGGCAAGAGCGUUUUGGUUUUGUAACAGAAGUACACAGAUUUAUUUAGAGCCAAGCUUGCUGUGAUUGUAACAAGUUUAGCGCUCUACCAUGCCGCAAUAUCGUACCAAAGACCGAGACCCUUCGUACUCAAAUCACAGAGACCGCUCUGAUCGACGAGACCGCGAUACGGGUAGCCAGGAGUUAGAUGAAGGAGUCAUCGAAGUCCAAGUUAUCCCACAAGACGAUAACUGGGGAGAAACGGCUACGACUAUUACAGAAACUGCUACUUCGAUAGUCACACUUAGUGAGGGCGACCUCAGCGAAAUCGGUGACGAGAAGAAAGGACUGGCAUUUGGUGUAUGCCGCCAUUUCAAACUGAUCCCGGCCGCUAUCAUCAGCCUCAUUGCUUUAGCUUCGCCUAUCCUUUUUCUGGUUAUUCCUGUGGUAUUAUGGAAGCCCCCAAUGUGCGGAAUAGAGUGUGACGGUUUGUUUUUGAGUCUGGCUGUGAAAGAGCUUAUUCUAGUCGUUGGAAUAUGGGCUUUAUACUUUCGCAAAUCGCGUGUGACAAUGCCCCGAGUGUUCGUCCUGAGAGUAGGAGUUUUAGUUCUUGCCUUCCUAGUCCUCGUGUGCUAUUGGCUCUUCUAUGGCUUACGGAUUAUCGCGAAGAGAGGACAGGACUUUGGAGAGAUUCUAAAGUUCGCCGUAACUUUAGUAGAUUCUUUAUUAUUCCUUCACUAUCUCUCCGUUAUCGUGUUGUGGCUCCGACAAAGCGAACCAAUGUUUACUCUCAAAGUAAUUCGAAGCACGGACGGAGUUAAUAAGUUUUACAAUGUGGGACUCUUAUCUAUUCAAAGAGCAGCUAUUUACGUACUCGAGCAAUACUACAAGGAUUUUCCUGAGUAUAACCCUUACAUGAUGUCGGUUCCUGCGCGCUCAAGCGCAAAGCAGUUCUCCACGCUAAAAUUCUACGACAUCGAUGGAAAACUCCAAGACAACAGCAAAGUAAACCCCCGUACCCGUGCCAUAAUCACCGCUAGCUCACAGGGCAGGCGGAAUCCUGGUCGCAACGACCGAUUUUACGAGGAAGCAGAGUUCGAGAGAAAAUUAAAGCGUCGAAAAGCUCGCUUAGUUGCCACAUGUGAAGAAGCGUUUGGUCACAUCAAGAGGGUCCAACUUGAAAGGGGCCCAUCUGUUCCAAUGGAUCCCGAAGAAACGGCUCAAUCUUUGUUCCCAUCUUUCGCCCGACCCUUGCAGAAAUACCUCCGAACGGUGAAACAGCACCACCGGCAUAACAUGGAUGCCAUCUUGAAACACUUGGCUCAUUGUCUAACGUUCGACAUGUCACCAAAAGCGUUUUUGGAACGCUAUUUGAACGACCAACCCUGCAUUGAAUACACCGGUGCAAGCGUUGGCCCGCAGUCGUGGAGUCUUGUGUGCGAGGAGCAAGUUACCUCUGGACUCUCGAACUCUACCGUUUUCCAACUAAAGACCGAGGUAUUAUCCUUGGUGGUUACAGUAAACAACAUUCCACACUUCGUUGUUGAUGAGGACGAGUUUGAUUUUGAGAACAAUAAGUUUGUGCUCAAGUUAAAUUCGGAGACCUCCGUCUAGAGAAAGACGUUAUUGACAUUGUUAGAGCUUCAGAAAUUUAUACAAGCUGCUCAAUUUAGCGAGCACGGUAAAGUAGUUUUCAAAGUUAAAACUGACUUCAACUAGGGAUACCAUUAAACUGUCCUGGUGUCAAUAGCACUGAACUGGCUUCAGAAUAUUUUCUCGUUUGAUUCGCGGGUAUAUUCACCAAACGUCAGUUUCUCGGGCACAUUGUAAUUUUCUAGCUUUGGUCAGUUCACAGAUCAGAAUUUCUAACUCAUUUUUUGCUAUACACUGGAAUAAUAGUUCUCGCCUUUUGUGAUAGAGCUUUAUCUGAAGAUGUAUUUUUAAAACUCGUUGUAAAUAUCAAUAUCUGUCUCACAGUUCAUUGUUUUGUUCAGAAAUCAUUAGAAAAAGGAUGUAAAGCGAUUAUUUCUCUGAACUUUAACAAUCGAGCUCUAGAGCAAAAAUUCUCUAACACGAACAAUAAAGUUUUGAGAGUUGAA